AUGGCUAGAACACGUGGAGCCUCCACACACCCACCUGGUACCUCUAGACAGGAAGAGGAAACACGAGCGAAUAGUUCUGUACAUGGUGAUGUUAGACGCAGACCUACAACUUCUACUUAUAGGAGUCGUGGCCAUCAUGUAACUCGAGAAGCUGCAGCAUUACCUGAUCCUCCUGUUGUUGAGCAGCAUGAGGAUGUCACUCAACAGCACGAGGAUGUUGUUGAUCAUCAACAGGGAAAUGAAGAAGAUCGAGGUGAAAUAAAAUUGAUCUCACAUGGUAAAAAGUUAAAUCAAUUUGGAGCUUGUCACCUUGGUAUUCAAAAGUUUGUGCUGAAUUCGGGUCUGAAGCCUCUAUGUGACAUUUCUUAUGAUUACGUCUAUAAGGGCUUAAUAUUGGCGUUUAUAGAAAGAUGGCCCAAGGAAACCAACACUUUUCAUCUACCCAUUGGCGAGACGACCAUCACCCUAGAUGACGUCUCUUGUCUUCUUCAUCUACCUAUUGUCGGAGAAUUUUGUCCCAAUGAACCCCUCGACUAUGAUGGUGCAUUGAAGACUGUUAUUACGCUUCUGAGGGUGGAGCGACCCAUAGCUUCAGUUGAGCUCAAACAAUGUCAUGGUCCCCAACUUAGACUCAAUUGGUUGAGGAACCUUUACAAUGAUUGUUUUGAAAAACAACAAUGGGAAUUUGCAGCAUUGGCGUAUUUAUUGCACCUUAUUGGAUGCACUAACUUUGCUGACAAGAGCACCACCUUUAGUUGGAUAUAUGAGCACUUCCCUACUUUGGGAAGACAGCAGUUGCUCACUUCCCGAGCCGCACGAUUUGUGAUUGGAAGGCAGACGUCCAACCUACACGAUGUCAGGACUCAACUAGAUGCCUUGACAUAUGAUGGAGUGAUAUGGGCUCCAUAUGGAUCACACAGAGAUACUCGUGUCUUUAUGAUAAUAUGCAUGUUUUCUGGGUUCAUCAGGAUCGUUCCAGAUGCUGACAUUCCCACCAUUGAUGAUUGGUGGAUACAUUUGAGACAAUAUGUCUUCGUUAAUGUCACACCAACGUCCUCUCCAUCAGUAGGUGCGACUACAUACCUACAGUGGUUUAGGAGGGUAUCUCAUCCCUAUAUUAUUCCUGGUGUGGAGGACGAGCGACCUAAUCUUGUGCCCCGACAACGCCGACAUCUCCCAAACGAUAUUCCAUUGGGCAGAACAUCUGAGUCAUCUCCCAGAGGUUUAUUGGGCACAAUGAGAUGCAUCGUCACCGACCUAAAACAAAUGAUUGACUGUCGGGAUGUCAACGAGGGCACGGUUGCCUGGGAACGAAUGAACGAGUUAUUACAAAUAGUUCAACAGGCGUAUGAAGAAGGUAGAGGAGGUCGCACUGUACGAGGCAGACGAUCAUGUAGUUCUACAUAA